UUCAUCUGAGAGAGAGAGAGGGAAGAGAAGAAGAUGGCAGCGUCAAUGAUGGCUUCAUCAGUGAGCCUGAAACCCACUCCGUUCGCCGUGGAGAAAGCAGCCGCCAGAGGCCUGCCUUCUCUCGCCAGGUCUUCCUCUUCAUUCAGGGUCCAGGCCAGCGGCAAGAAGAUCAAAACCGACAAGCCUUAUGGAAUCAAUGGCGGCAUGAGCUUGACGGACGGCCUUGAUGCAUCGGGCAGGAAGGGCAAGGGAAAGGGUGUUUACCAAUUUGUAGACAAAUACGGUGCUAAUGUGGAUGGAUACAGUCCCAUUUACGAUACGAACGAUUGGUCUCCAAGUGGUGAUGUCUACGUUGGUGGCACCACGGGGUUGCUAAUAUGGGCAAUAACCCUAGCUGGGCUACUUGCAGGGGGUGCACUUCUUGUUUACAACACCAGUGCUUUGGUGCAGUAGUGGCAGUGGUACACCCACGAUUCUGUUCUAAGUUCAGCAGACAAUUAAUAAAUUAAUUAAUGUAUUAAAGCUUCAGAUUAUUAUGACAAAUACUGUAUGCUUUUCAUCAAACUAAUCUGUAAUGUAAAUUUCUCUAGUAUUUUAGUUA